AUGGGCAUACAGAAGAUUUGCCAUCGGAGUUCAAGUUCUGAUAAAGUUUCUUGCUCCUUCAAUGGUGAAGUCAAGCAGAUGAGAGAUAACCCAGUCUUGGGACCAGACACAGGGAAUGAUUCAGAUGAUGAUUGUGAACUUGCAGAAUUGAACUGUGAACUUGGCAUGGUGGAAGGUCAGUGGUGCAGCAUACCAUACGAACUUUAUGAUCUUCCAGAUUUGAGGGAAAUAUUAUCUCUAGACACCUGGAAUUUGUGUUUAACAGAGGAAGAAAGGUUUCAUCUAUCAGCUUACCUUCCAGAUAUAGACCAAGAGACGUUUUGCUCAACUAUGAAGGAACUUUUUGAUGGUAGUGAAAUAUAUUUUGGGAAUCCGUUGGAUAAAUUUUUCAAAAGAUUGAAAGGUGGAUUCUACCCUCCAAAGGUGGCUUGCUUCAGAGAAGCUUUGCAGUUUUUACAAAAGAAGCAGUAUUAUCAUUCGCUGAGAGCUUACCAUGACAGGAUGAUACAAACGUUUAUAGACAUGAGAAGGUUGUGGGAUCAGUGUGAAAUGAGUACUGGAAUUGAGGAAAAGAUUUUUAUGUGGAAAAACAGGAGAAAACAAAAGAGCAUCAAUUUGCUUGAUCUCAAUGAAUCUCCUAAGGAUGAUCAUCUUUUAAGUGAGGAGAUCAACUUGGAAUUGAAGGUGACAAAGCUAGUGGAAAGUGAGAGUUCAGCAAAGGACAGGCCGCACUUUCCGUCUGCCAACAGGGCAAAAUUUGUAGCUCCAUACUGCAGACCGAAGGGGGUUCUAAAGAUGAAGGCAUCUGGCAAUGAUUCAUUCCAUAAUUAUGAUUCAAAGAUGGUAGCGACUGACUUCUCUGGACACUGUCGAUCAUUGCCCAAGGGACUGUUGAAAAUAGUACCUAAAGUUCCUUCAGCUCCCCUGGAACAAUCAGGCAUUAUGCCAAGAGGAGUGCAGUCAAACUUUCCGGUGAGGACUCAUGGCAUACGGGAUUUUAGGUUUUCUCCUUUGCCAGCUUCUCUACGCUUUCAGAAUGCAGGUAGACUGCAUGAAUUUCCAUUUCUAAGGCAAAAGGUUGAUGGCAGCAGAGUUCAUUCAGCUCUGGACCAACCUCGGUUUCUAAUGGAUCCGCAAGAAAGUGUUAGAGUAACCAGUAAUCACCCAGAAAGCUCUACAAGAAAAGUGAAACUGGAAAAGCUUCCAUCUUUAGAUGAUAAUUCUGUUUUAGGAAAACACAAAUUGUUUGGAGUUGAUAUGGGAAGGUUUCUGAAUAAGGAAUGCAAGUCAUCCUUGGAUACCGUGGGUGCAAAGCCGUAUACCUUUGGUGGGAGGGAGCAGCACGUGGCACCCUUAAAAGAAGAGCAUCUUUCAAUCUAUCCAAGAAUUCCAGAAGUGGUUCCCUCAAUUUCAGAGUUUGGCAAUGGUAAGCAAGAAACGUUAAUGGAUUCUUCUUCACACCAAAAGAACGGUGAGAGUGAUGUCAGUGCUAGAAAAUCAGAGAAGUUAUCAAGUAAAUCCAGUGUCUCGGAGGCAUUUGAGGUUAAAAAGUUACUGCCUUUGACGUACAAGCGAAGGAAAGUUGUAGCUAAGGCCAACUCAUUAAACUUCGGUAAGUCACUAACAGCAGGUGUUGAUUUGAAGUCUGCAAUUCCAAAAGAAUCAAAUCAAGAUUUUAGGGAAGGUGUGAAAACUAUGAAGAUAAGAUUAAUGGGGUUGAAAGAUAUGCCCUUGAACAAGGAACCAUGA